CCUCUUUGUGAAAGAGUAAAAUGGAUAUUAGAGUACAUCUAAUAUUGAAAUUAUUGAUAUUUUCAGGACUAUUUCGAGUGUGCUCACUCAAGGGAGUUGUUGGAAGAGGUGUCGCUCUUUCUGGUACGGUGCUUAAAGGAUCAGCUGUCAGACCAAGACCGGGAGGACCUAAUCUAUGGGGUGGCAUCUUUAUAGGUUCGGGAUCACGAUACGGAAGUGAAAUACUUGUUAUUGUUUUCUGGAUCGCAACAAUUGCUGUUGUGUUUAUAUUCACAGCAUUACUUGCUGUGUGUUACAAAAUAAUAUGCAGAUAUAAAGGACGAAAAGUGCAAGUAAAUGACAUCACAAAAUAAAUAUAUAAUGUAUUUUAUAAAGAAUGUAUGUGAUAAUAUAUAUCAACUCUUUUUGACAGUCAAAUACUGUAUAUUCAAACAGGACCGGCUCAGAUGGCGGUUUUCGGGCCUCAGAACGAGGCCCCGCGCUUAGAAGGCCUUCAAUUCAAAUUUUCGUAGAAAAUUGAAAAAUUUGAUAAAAAUUAUUCUUUUCUUGCAAAUAUUUCCGUGAACCUCCAGU